UUGUUUUUACCAGCAAACUAUCCAAAAAUGAAUCGCCUUUUCGGUCGCGGAAAGCCCAAGGAGCCUGGCCCAAGCAUCAACGAUUGCAUAGCUGGGGUUGACGCCCGAGCCACCAAUAUCGAGGAAAAGAUUGCUAAGCUCGAGACAGAGCUGCGCAAAUAUCGCGAGCAAAUGUCCAAAAUGCGUGAAGGUCCGGCCAAAAACUCAGUGAAACAAAAGGCCCUUAGGGUUUUGAAACAAAAGAAAGCCUACGAACAGCAGGCGGAAUCUCUGCGCAAUCAAUCCUUCAACAUGGAACAGGCAAACUAUGCGGCGCAAUCCCUUAAGGAUACUCAGGCCACCGUUGCGGCUAUGAAGGAUGGCGUCAAGCAAAUGAAGAGCGAAUACAAAAAGAUCAACAUUGACCAGAUCGAGGAUAUUCAUGAUGACAUGGCCGAUAUGCUCGAACAAGCUGACGAGGUUCAAGAGGUCCUUGGACGCACUUACGGCAUGCCGGAGGUGGAUGACGACGACCUGCAGGCAGAGUUGGAUGCCCUGGGCGAUGAGAUCGCCUUGGACGAUGACUCCAGUUAUUUGGAUGACGUUGUCAAGGCUCCAAAUGCACCAGAUAAGGAACCGGGUGCCGAUAGCAUUAUACCUGGCAAGAGCACCAUUGAAACAGACGAAUUUGGUUUGCCCAAGAUUCCCACUUCAUUGAAGACCACAUAGGCAAGGAGGUUCCAGCUCUCAGGUUUCCUUUCGGCUUUUUUGUUGAACUUCGGGCACGCUUUGUAUAUUUUAUGUGUAAUGGAUCCAUGAAAGAUAGCCUAUCAAGUAUCACUUUUGUAAGCAUUUGUUUUGUUCAAUAAAGAACUCGCUAAAAUUUAUAGUGAAGUGAAGUUAUGGUUAA